CCUCGCCCGCCUCUCUCUCUCUCUCUUCUCUGUCACUCUCACUCAUUCUCUCUUUCUCUCAUCUCUCUGACCAAUCAAUCCAGUUCAGGACACACGUCCUGUAUAGCAUCAUAUACAGCCUCUUGCCUUCCCACUUCACACCGUCCAGCGGCAUGACACAUAUACAUCGUAGGUAGGAAUCAAGGCCAUAUUGGCUGUAAGAAGGGCAAGGAAUAGGAGGGAUCAUCAUCAAUUUCCAGAUUGCGACGUUUGCCGGGACAAUCGAUCUGCUUCCUACGAAGUGUUUACCUGUAUACGUCCCAAGCAUUGCCAGAAGCAGCAGCAGCAGCAGCAGCAGCAGCAGCAGCAGCAGCAGCAGCAGCUGCUGAAAGGGGGUUUUGAAUAAUAGCCUCGCAAAGCCCUUGAGAGUCUGCUAGGAAUAUCCCACCUACACUCAUCACCGUUCACCAUGGCUCAGAUCAUUCCCCCUCUUACCACUCUUCCCUCCGACUCAUCCGCCGCCCCUUCUGUCGAAGACAUACAGGAUCGACUUCCCUCCAUUUGCGUCGACUACCUCUCACAUGAUUGGUCAGAAGAGGAUGUUUGGGCAUCAUGGCGGAACAUGACUCGUCACAAGCACGAGAUUGCCAAUGGUGUCAGAUUGGAGAACGCAAGUUGGCGGACAUGGCAAAAGCAGCGUAACAAGUUGAAGACGAUCAGUCCGGAGACUUUGAAUUGGCUCAAAGACUCUGAUGUGACUUGGUUAUAUGGCCCAUUACAUACGGCCAAUGUUGAGGCCGUCCCUGCUCCCAAGGCGGCUUCAACAGACGAGCGACUGGGGAUAGACGUACCAGUCCAUGUGCCCGGAGCCAGUGCUUCAGCAACAGGCAAGAAACCAAUCCUUAAACAUCGCACCCUUUCCGAAAUGCUCUCCAUCACCAUGCCCGCUUCGCCUAUCCUUGAAUCGACUAGCCGCGACGAUGACGAUGAUGUCGACAUGCUCGAAGACGGGCCUGAUCGGCCCACUCCUCAGCGCACCAAAUCAGAUUCAAACAUUUUCAGGAAUCGCAAUCGACGGAAAAGUCCAACACGCAAUAGCAACUCGACAGGUGCAACACCGGGCCAAGCCAAUCUCAAUCUGCCACCGUUGAGCGCGACGUCGUCGGGUAAACGUCACAUCUCCUUCAAUACAUUUGUCGAACAGUGCGUCGCCAUCGACGAGGCAGAAGUUCAAAUGUCCUACGAGGAUGACUCCGAUGAGGACAUGCUCGAGAUGAGGUCCUCCAAUGUUGCCUCAUCCUCUCGGUCUAGCAUAUCAAGCGUCUUCACACCGGAGCACCUGACGAUCGCCAAGAUUGCUCCGACAUUGCUCAAAGUCAAUGGCGCUUAUGCCGCUGGACCCGAUGCACCUCAAAUGGUCUACGCUCCUCCUCCAGAAUACAUCUCCCCUCCUCUCAAUCAUCCCGCCUUUGAUUUCCCGAGUCCAGCCGUUCAACUCCAGAGACAGCAGCAGCAGCAGCAACCGCAACAAGAGCCAACGUCACCAUGGCGAGACGAAGAUGGAUACGGCAGUGUCGGCUACGAAUACUUUCAAGGCCCAGAUCUUGGCGAUGCGUCGCCAUCGUUCGCAUCCGGUGCAUCGAGUCUUGCAUCCUCAACUGUUAAAGGAUCACGAGCGAUCACACCUCCAGAUACGUCGCUGCAGAACUCUGGCUCCUCCUCCAGCUCGUCCCUCAACGCGCUUGGUACCAGUCCGAGCGGUACAUCCCAGCCCACACGUAGUAUCCUCAAAGUCCGUCCACCGGGCGCACCGACCCCACCGGAAGAGCAAGUAUCUCCACCUGCUACAGAGUUCAACUACUCUGUGGCGACAGGUAUAGGGGGCAUGCGAAAUGUUGGAGGCUACGAAUACCCCGCCGUGUCCAAUGAGGAGACUCGAGGGCGCAGUGCUGCUCGAUCAUCCUCCGUUCACGAGCGUUCCGCUUCCCGAGGUACAUCCACAUCCAGUACGAGCUCAAUCUCGCCCGGUACAGGCGCUGGUCAAGCGACACGCGCCGCACCCAUUGAUGCGCGAGGGCGAUCAGGCUCCAGACUAGGUGGUCCUGCAUCGCCUGGCCAGACUGCCCCCGUUGUUCGGCCACGUCGAGAAGACGAGAUGGAAGUCGAUGAAUCCUAUCAUCCUGCCCAGAGCGACACUCCGACCCCACAUUCUUCCCCCCAGAUCUCAUUGAGGUCGCUCAAGGAUGCAUCUCCCUCUUCUCUUCCUCAUACCUCUCCUCCUAUUCUCCGACCUCGAGACACCGACACCGAUUCAGAUCUGCCGACUCCUGAUGCCCCUGCUCGUGUGGAUGGAUCACAGGCUACCACAGGUCAUGUACCUACCAAUGCUCAACCCACCAUGUCCUUACCUGCCUUUGACGAUGAUGAGGAGAUGAUGGGUGAAGGCGGUGAUGGGAGUAGUAUCAUGGGUAGAGCGGCCAAUAUUGCCAAUACCGCCAAGGAUCUGCUUGGCGCCUUGUGGUAUGGUGCGAAUGAUCCCAGAGCAGCAGCAGGCCAGUCCGGCGGUCAAGUUGACCCUCAGAGGGGAUCUGUCAAGGGAUCUGGCCUCGGUGUUCAAGCCGACGGUCAGGCCGGUCAAACGGGUCAAGCGGGGAUCCCGAGGCAGUGGUUUGGGUCGGGAGACGCUUCAUCCCAGGAUCAACGACGAGUAUCGAGGUAGCCAGAGAUUUACGAGAUGGGACGGGAAAAAAAGGGAACGACACGCCAGAUAUCAUGCUUCAUAGUUGUCUGUUCUAAGGGAGAUCCAAGCGAUGCAAGCAUUGAAUUGUGUCAGGGCCGUACAUCACGCACCGUGAGGGAGCGGAACCAAAUAUUC